CACGUGAUGUGCAUCCGGGCCUGCCAUCGACGUCAUCACGAAAUACCUACUUCGCCUAGCCUCCAAAAUCUCAAUUCCAUUGCAAUUUUCUUCCUCUAGACAUACUAAUCUCUCCUAAUCAUUCUCAAUCUCAACCCUUCCAAGUCAUUCCAAGUCACCCAUCAAAAUGUCCUUCCAAUCCUUCGCCAUCUCCCGCAAGAAUGCGAGCAAGGAAAUGGCCCAGCUAGCAGAAGAUCACAUGAAGCACGACCUCCAGCAAUCCGACCGCGAUGCCCUCAACAGCGCCGCCCAAAAAUUCGGAACUUUCACCACAGUUGGCUCACUGGUCGGUCUCAGUCUUGGUGCGUUUUUGGCUUUUAGAGUGAGGAGUGCGAGAGCAGGAUAUUUCAAGGCUUUCAGAGCGAUGGAGAAGCCGACUCAUGUUCAGUUUGCGGGUGGAAGGACGGAACCUAUCCCAGAUAUCACACCGCUGUUAAAACCAACCACCCUUGGUGACUUCGCAGCGUACAUGCUUUUCUCGGCCGGGGGCCUGUUUAUUGGUGGGGAGCUUGGAUUGCUUAGUGGAUCGUAUGCGGCUAAGAGGUCGAUUACGAGUGACCCGGAGAGUAAGGCGAGGAUUGAGAAGGCGUUUAGACUGUUCAAGGCGGAUGUGCUGAAGCGGGAGAUUUCGAGGUUGGAGGGUGAUAGUUCGAGUAAUGUGGACUUGUUUCUAGAGUAGGACUUAGGCAGUUGAGCGAGCUGAAGUGGACAUGUUAAAGG